AUGGACGCAGAGAAACUCAUUCCCACGUCGCGCGUGCCUGACGACCGGCAAAAGCUUCUGGCCGGCUCGAGCUCGCACGCGUCGCACGCGAUGGACGUGGACGAUAGCGUGCGACUGCCGGAACCCGCGAGGCGAACGCCGUCGUCAGCCUACAAGAGCGGCAAGGAGGCAUUCCUCGCGGUCCUACACAGUUGGGCGACCAAACGGUUCAUGAGUGGAUGCGCCAUCCUCUUCCCCAUAGCAAUCACCUUCUAUAUGACGUGGUGGUUCUUCACCUUCGUCGAUGGUUUUUUCUCCCCCAUCUAUCGCCAUGUCUAUGGCAUCGACAUACUGGGCCUGGGCUUCAUCACGACCAUCUCGUUUAUCUUCUUCGUGGGGGUGUUCGUGUCAUCCUGGGUGGGGUCGUCGGUGCUGUGGAUAGGCGAGUGGAUCAUCAAGCGCAUGCCGCUCAUGAAGCACAUCUACUCCGCCUCCAAGCAGAUCAGCAACGCCAUCUCGCCAGACCAGAACGUGAAUGCGUUCAAGGAGGUGGCCAUCCUGCGCCAUCCGCGCAUAGGCGAGUAUGCCUUUGGCUUCAUCACCUCCAACGUCACUCUCCAGCUGGAGUCGGGAGUGCAGGAGGAGCUGGUGAGUGUGUAUGUGCCCACCAACCACGUGUACAUCGGAGACACCUUCCUCGUGCCCGAGUCUGACAUCAUCCGGCCCAACCUCUCCGUGCGGGAAGGCCUCGAAAUAGUGGUUUCUGGGGGAAUGUCGAUGCCAAAGGUCAUCCAGCCUGCAUGUAGAUCACCAGCAAUGAAGGCGUUUGCGAUUGCGCGUCGGAUCAUCACGAGUACGCAUGGGUACGCUGGAGCUCGACAGGCGGAACGGUGCCACUGCGCGGUACUCAUUUUGGCAUUGGCUCUCGUCGCGACGGUCGCCAGCGGCCAGGCACGCAGCGGCGAGGGUCUGAGCAGCGACGACGCAGGGGUAGGCGGCGCAGGGAGCGAGGGAGCGAUGAGCGGAGGAGCAGGCAGCGAAAGAGCGGGGAGGGUACUAGAAAGCAACGGGGGCGGUGGCGGGAGUAACAUGGUUCGCGGGUUUGAGCUGCCGGAUCCGCCGUCCAGAUUCGACGCAUCUGCGGCGUGGCGCCACACGCUGUAUCGCACGGCUGACUCAUGCUGGAGUCAGCAGGAGCGACACCUGUACCACACGGCCAACACCGCCCCCCCUUCCGACGCAUUCUUGAGCGCAGUGGGGGCCUGGGAGGCGAUGCAGAGGGAGUGCGUGGCGCAGGGAGGCACAGAGCAGUGGGCGUGGGUGGGCAACAAAGCAAAAUGUUGUUGGCUCAAGUGCGAUGCUUUUCCUCGCCUCGCCUCAACCCUCUUCAUCCUCCCUGCCUCAUUCUGCUAUUUACCCACCUGUAUGAUGUGUUACGGCAAAACAUGUGGCUCGCAGCACAUGCUGAGUGCACACAUCGUGAUUCCACAUACUGACAUGGUGACUGCACAUGCUGACAUGGUGACUGCACAUACUGACAUGGUGACUGCACAUACUCACAUGGUGAUUCCACAUACUGACAUGGUGACUGCACAUACUGACAUGGUGACUGCACAUACUGACAUGGUGAUUGCACAUACUGACAUGGUGAUUGCACAUACUGACAUGGUGAUUGCACAUACUGACAUGGUGAUUGCACAUACUGACAUGGUGAUUGCACAUACUGACAUGGUGAUUGCACAUACUGACAUGGUGAUUGCACAUGCUGACAUGGUGAUUGCACAUGCUGACAUGGUGAUUGCACAUGCUGACAUGGUGAUUGCACAUGCUGACAUGGUGAUUGCACAUGCUGACAUGGUGAUUGCACAUGCUGACAUGGUGAUUGCACAUGCUGACAUGGUGAUUGCACAUGCUGACAUGGUGAUUGCACAUACUGACAUGGUGAUUGCACAUACUGACAUGGUGAUUGCACAUACUGACAUGGUGAUUGCACAUACUGACAUGGUGAUUGCACAUACUGACAUGGUGAUUGCACAUGCUGACAUGGUGAUUGCACAUGCUGACAUGGUGAUUGCACAUGCUGACAUGGUGAUUGCACAUGCUGACAUGGUGAUUGCACAUGCUGACAUGGUGAUUGCACAUACUGACAUGGUGAUUGCACAUACUGACAUGGUGAUUGCACAUACUGACAUGGUGAUUGCACAUACUGACAUGGUGAUUGCACAUACUGACAUGGUGAUUGCACAUACUGACAUGGUGAUUGCACAUGCUGACAUGGUGAUUGCACAUACUGACAUGGUGAUUGCACAUACUGACAUGGUGAUUGCACAUACUGACAUGGUGAUUGCACAUGCUGACAUGGUGAUUGCACAUACUGACAUGGUGAUUGCACAUACUGACAUGGUGAUUGCACAUGCUGACAUGGUGAUUGCACAUACUGACAUGGUGAUUGCACAUACUGACAUGGUGAUUGCACAUGCUGACAUGGUGAUUGCACAUGCUGACAUGGUGAUUGCACAUACUGACAUGGUGAUUGCACAUACUGACAUGGUGAUUGCACAUACUGACAUGGUGAUUGCACAUGCUGACAUGGUGAUUGCACAUGCUGACAUGGUGAUUGCACAUGCUGACAUGGUGAUUGCACAUGCUGACAUGGUGAUUGCACAUGCUGACAUGGUGAUUGCACAUACUGACAUGGUGAUUGCACAUACUGACAUGGUGAUUGCACAUGCUGACAUGGUGAUUGCACAUGCUGACAUGGUGAUUGCACAUGCUGACAUGGUGAUUGCACAUGCUGACAUGGUGAUUGCACAUACUGACAUGGUGAUUGCACAUACUGACAUGGUGAUUGCACAUACUGACAUGGUGAUUGCACAUGCUGACAUGGUGAUUGCACAUGCUGACAUGGUGAUUGCACAUGCUGACAUGGUGAUUGCACAUACUGACAUGGUGAUUGCACAUGCUGACAUGGUGAUUGCACAUGCUGACAUGGUGAUUGCACAUGCUGACAUGGUGAUUGCACAUGCUGACAUGGUGAUUGCACAUGCUGACACGGUGAUUGCACAUGCUGACACGGUGAUUGCACAUGCUGACACGGUGAUUGCACAUACUGACACGGUGAUUGCACAUACUGACAUGGUGAUUGCACAUACUGACAUGGUGAUUGCACAUACUGACAUGGUGAUUGCACAUACUGACAUGGUGAUUGCACAUGCUGACAUGGUGAUUGCACAUACUGACAUGGUGAUUGCACAUACUGACAUGGUGAUUGCACAUACUGACAUGGUGAUUGCACAUACUGACAUGGUGAUUGCACAUACUGACAUGGUGAUUGCACAUACUGACAUGGUGAUUGCACAUGCUGACAUGGUGAUUGCACAUACUGACAUGGUGAUUGCACAUACUGACAUGGUGAUUGCACAUACUGACAUGGUGAUUGCACAUACUGACAUGGUGAUUGCACAUACUGACAUGGUGAUUGCACAUACUGACAUGGUGAUUGCACAUACUGACAUGGUGAUUGCACAUGCUGACAUGGUGAUUGCACAUGCUGACAUGGUGAUUGCACAUGCUGACAUGGUGAUUGCACAUGCUGACAUGGUGAUUGCACAUGCUGACAUGGUGAUUGCACAUGCUGACAUGGUGAUUGCACAUGCUGACACGGUGAUUGCACAUGCUGACACGGUGAUUGCACAUACUGACACGGUGAUUGCACAUACUGACACGGUGAUUGCACAUACUGACAUGGUGAUUGCACAUACUGACAUGGUGAUUGCACAUACUGACAUGGUGAUUGCACAUACUGACAUGGUGAUUGCACAUGCUGACAUGGUGAUUGCACAUGCUGACAUGGUGAUUGCACAUGCUGACAUGUGA